AUGACAUCACCAACACCAACAGUUCAAAAGAAAUCUAAAAAGUCAAAAUCUUCUGAUCCUACCGUAAAACUUCCGAAAGGCAAAUUUCGGGUGCCGGACGAAGAGGCAGGAGAAAAACAAGGGGAAAUUGCGGCAAAACCGGCCAAUGAAGAGGUGUCUCAAAAGGAGCCAGUCAUCGAUACAAAGCCGGACAUCUUUCAGACAACUCCGCAUGAUGGAAUAAUUAUUGUAAAUUAUCCUAAUAUAAAUGCAAAAAAGGAAAAGGAUUCACAUAUUCUUGAAACACUAGAUGCUUUAAAUGGUACGAGACGGGAGGGAAAUGCAUCUCCAGAAAUGCCACCAACAGCUAUUGAAGUACUAGAAAAAAUCCUUGGAAAGGAUCCUGACCAAAACAAGCCUAAAGGUUCAAAUUAUGGAAGACUGGCUCAGGAUUUUAAGUUCCCAUCAAAUAAACCAUCUAAAAACAACCCUCCCAACACUAAUAAUGAUGUUACUGCUUCAUCAUCGAAAAACAGUGGGGAUAAUAAAGAAGUAGACCAAGAUGAUCUCGAUAAAAAAGAACGUACUCGCCGGCGAAAGAGUAAUUUAAAUCCUUUCGCACCAAUGAACCAUGAAGUGAAUGGUGAUACGGAAAUACCUUAUCAAAAGAAAAAACGUCGUUCGAGCCAACAACUUAUUGCUUCAGAAACUGCAGUUCCAUAUAACUACCCUCCUAAUAAUGGAUUUGAACCUUCGGCAUAUUACGAGCAUGGAAAUACAUCUUAUCCACCACCUAAUCAUGCUGAAAGAACUAUUAUACCUAACUGGGAAGAGUUUCAAACAAAGAUAGCUGAAGAAAUUGUCAGUAGAAUAGAAUCAGGAUUUCAAAAAGGAGUUGAUACACUCACAUUAGAAAUCAAAAAUACAUUGGUAGAACAUAUGUCUGAAGAUUCUGGUGCAAACGGAAAAAAGAAUGAUGAGGAAAUUAAUCUGCAAAAAUUGCAAGACCAGAUUCUUCAAGAAUUACGGAAUAAUCAUCAGGAAAUGCGUAAUACAUAUGAUCAAUUAAUACACAAACAUGAAGAAAUGCAAAAUCGUCAUCUUGAUCAAGUUUCUAAUCUUCAGACGGUCCAAGGUGGUGAUUCUCAAAGUUCAAUUUCGCAACAUCACGCAGAACUUCAAACCAUGCAUCAUAACUUGCAAACCGAGCUUAAAAAUGGUCUUAGAGGAAUACAUGAUGAAUUUCUAAAGAUGCUGGAACGACAACAACAACUUGGUAACGAAAUCAAGAGUUCACAAGCUCUUCAGCACCGUCUUUCUGAAUCAGAAUCCGAAAUCAAUAAGUUACGCAUGAUGAAUACAAAUUUGACAACUGAAAAUACAAGACUUUCAGACGAAAACCAUAACAUCAAAUUGCAAUACGAUGAGAGGAAACGGCAACAAGAGACCUCAAUUUCUGAUUUAAGAACAGAAAUAUCUAGUUAUAGAGACAAAGCUUUACGUGCUGAUAAGGAACUUGAUAUGAUUCGAACCACAGUAAGAUCGUUAGAAACACAGAAGGCUACACUGGACAACAUGAAUGCAACCCUGGAAACCAAGAAUGCAACCCUGGAAAACAAAAUACGUAAUCUACUAAAUGAGAAUAAUGAGAUUUUUAAUGAAAAUAAUGCAUUACAAAAACACAAAGAUGAACUUAAUGUUAGGCUUCUUCAAAUAGAAACAGAUCUCGCCGAGUCGAAACUAAAAAAUAAAGAAUUAGAGAAUAAAAUACUCAUGGAAGAUAGUUCUUCUAAAACUAAAGAAGAUAACUUACGGAAACAAUUACAAGAAGCUAAUCAAGAAAUUAUCGAACUUCGUGCACAUCAACGUCGAGUAAAAGACCUCGAAAAUGAAAUAAAAACUCUUAAAAGCAAUGAAUCUGUCCAGUUAAAGUCAAAGGAUAAGGAAAUUGAUGGAUUGAACAAUCAAAUAGCCCAACUUAACCGGAGAGUCAAUGACCUUGAUAAUAGUCGGUCCGAAUUACUACAAAACAAUCAGAAAGAAAUUGCAUCACUCCGUGCUUCCAAGCAGGAAUUGUUAGAACUCCGUGAUAGCAAUAAAACCCUUGAAGAUGAAAUUUCUAAUGCACGUAAGCAUAAUAAAGAGCUUGAAACUAAAGUUGAUGAACUUGAAAAAAGUAUUGUUGAACUAAAGAAAAUUCGACAAGACUUCGAAAAUGUAAACCGGAAAGUAAAGAGCAUGGUAGAUUUUGAAGCCAAGUAUAACGAAAAAGUUGAAGAAUUUAAUAUACUUCAUUUAAGAGUUAAAGAAUUGGAAUUUGCAGAAAGGGAUCUUAAAUUCAUGAGUGAAGCUAAGAAAGAAUUAUUAAAUACUGUAGAAGCAUUACAAGCAGAAAAUAAAAGGCUAUUAGAAAAUAAUCGAUCACAAAAGAGCGUGAGUUCUACGUCAAAUACGUAUUCAUAUGGAUCUAAAAUGAACGGUGUUAUUGAAUAUGAAGAUCGAAUGAUCUCAAGGGAUCAUUCACCUUUGUAUAACAAUCAACCUAACGGGAAUUUAGAACAGCCACAUUACAAUUCCCGGAUGAAACCACUUGGUGAAUACAAUCCUCAACAGACAUUCAGUCAGUCACCUGCUAAUGGUGGUAUUAAUUUAACACAACAAACAACAUCCAUGCCACAUAUGAUAAAUGGAGCUGCACAACAACAGCAACCAUCUCAGCAUCAACCAUUUAUUCCUCAAACACAAAGUUCAUCAGCACCACCACAACAUAUGCAACCUGGAUAUUUACCUAAUGGAUCACUUUCACAACCUCCAACUCAACCUCAACUCCAAGCAUAUGUUCCUAUCCAUUCAAAUGCACAUGUUCAAUCUGCACCUAUCCGUUCAAAUACUCCUGUUCUAUCUGGACCUAUCCGUUCAAAUACUCCUGUUCCGUCACAGAAAAUGCCGCAAAAGCAGGAUCAACUACAACUACAACAAUCUCCACUUCCAUCACGACAAACACAACCUAACCAAGAGCAAUCUAGUGUGAAACAAGAAAGCAAGACUCAUAGUCGUCAAGGUUCUCGUUCAAACAAUAUUGGAAGUAGCGGAAAGAAGCAGCGCAAUCAGAAUUCAAAGAAGAAAGAACGAGAACGAGCUAGAAGAAAUUCAACGACGACGGAAAAUUCGGAUAAUCCAUGGACCAAAA